AUGGGAAGACAACAAACGCUCGGUAAAUUCUUUGAAAUGCCAAAGAACAACAAGCCGGCGCCGCCACAGCAGUCGAGCCUGGCGGAAAUCGAAGUCAGCGUUAAUCUGACGGCGGACGAGAUGAAGGUGGGUGCGUCAGUGAAGUCUGAAAUUACAUCACCUGGGCCUUCCAAGUCCAAAAGGAGACGUGUAGUCGAGUCAGACGAUGAGGGCUCUACAACCGCCGCACCGGCUCUCACCAUUCCAAAUCAGCGCUCCUCGCCAAAGCCUUCAUCUAAAAGCAAAGGGAAAGCCAAAGCAGUGCCGCAAUCCGAGCCUGUGGAAGAACAACCACCCGAAUCCUCAACAAGUGCUGACGAGGGCGAGGACGAGGUUCCCGAGGAAAGCGAGUUGGAGGAUGACGAUGAGGCUGCGGCAACGCAAACCGCUGAAGAAGCACUAUCCCGAACCGCAGAGGUAGACGUCAAGGGCGGGUGGAAAAUAGGAGACCCAGUGCCCUAUGCCGCAUUAACGAAGACCUUUUCACUUAUCGAAGCCACCACCAAGAGGCUCGAAAAGACCUCCCUCCUAACCUCUUUCUUCCUUCUCGUCAUCCAACGCAGCAAGAAGGGUGAUUUCAACUCCCUCCUGCAGUCCGUAUACCUGUGCAUAAACCGCUUAAGCCCAGACUAUGUCGGCGUCGAACUGGGUAUUGGCGAGAGCUUGCUUAUCAAAGCUAUCAGCGAGUCCACUGGGCGGAGUCUUGCAACAAUUAAAGCGGACCUCAAGAAAGAAGGCGAUCUCGGGCUUGUAGCAAUGAACUCCAAAAACAGUCAGAAGACGCUCUUUAAACCAAAGCCCCUUACAGUCCCUUUCGUCUUCUCAAACUUGCGGGAGAUCGCAUUGUCGUCGGGACAUUCAUCCCAGGCAAAGAAGGUGUCGAUUAUUACGAAGCUCCUUGCUGCAUGUCAGGACUUCGAAGCGAAGUACAUUGUGCGCAGUCUGGAAGGCAAGCUCCGGAUCGGCAAUGCUGAGCGGACAGUUCUCGUGGCCCUCGCACAUGCUGCUGUUCUGGCUCAGGCACAAGCCGGAAAGCGAUGGAGCAAAGAGAAACUGGCAUCUCGCAUCGAAGAGGGCACUAACACCAUGAAAGCCGUGUACAGCGAGCUCCCCACGUAUGACCUUGUGAUUCCUGCGCUACUCACGCACGGGCUAUCGGACCUGCGCACGCAUUGCAAACUUACGCCAGGCGUUCCGCUAAAACCAAUGCUCGCCAAGCCAACGAAAGCGAUUGGCGAGGUGCUCGAUCGCUUCGAGGGGCGGCGGUUCACGUGUGAGUACAAGUACGAUGGCGAGCGCGCCCAGGUACACAUGCUGGAGGAUGGUAGCGUUAGCGUGUUCAGUAGAAAUUCAGAGGAUAUGAAGGCCAAGUAUCCGGAUUUGGUGGAGCAGCUGCCGAGGUGCAUCCAGGAGAAGACAAAGUCGUUCGUGCUUGAUGCAGAGGCCGUCGCUAUUGACAAGACUUCGGGAAAGCUCAUGCCCUUCCAGGAGCUUAGCAAGCGAAAAGCGCAAGGAUUCAAAGUCUGCCUUUUCGCCUUCGACCUCAUUUAUCUUAACGGCGAGCCACUCCUCCAAAAAUCACUUAGCGAGCGUCGAGAACUGUUAAGGGAGCACUUCCAGGUUGUGCCUGGAGAGUUCGAUUUUGCCAAGUCCUCAGAUGGGUCGACAAUAGAUGAGAUCCAGGCAUUCCUUGAAGAGAGUGUGAAAGACGGCUGCGAGGGACUUAUGGUCAAGAUGCUUGAGUCAGAUGCGAGUUACUAUGAACCCAGCCGGCGGAGUGUCAAUUGGCUCAAGCUAAAGAAAGACUACCUCGCCGGUGUUGGUGAUUCGCUCGACCUCGUCGUGGUUGGUGGAUACUACGGUAAAGGCAAGCGUACGAAUGUCUAUGGAGCGUUCCUCUUAGCCUGCUUCGACGCCGAUGGCGAAGAGUACCAGACAAUCUGCAAGAUCGGCACCGGAUUCAGCGAGGAGAUGCUGCAGACGCACUGGGAUACUCUGCGACUACUCGAGAUGACAAAACCACGUGGGGACAUCAAACCCGGGGGCGCGAAGCCUGACGUGUGGUUUGAGCCAAAGGUGGUGUGGGAGGUGCUCGCGGCUGAUUUGAGCUUGAGCCCUGUGUACACGGCGGCACAGGGCUUGGUAGAGGAGCGCGGGAUCUCAUUGCGCUUUCCGAGAUUCAUCCGAAUACGCGAUGACAAAUCGGCAGAUGACGCUACUGGACCCGAGCAAAUCUCUGAGAUGUAUGAGCGACAGGCGCUUGCGCAGAGCAAGAGCGGAAAGAAAAGCAAAGGAGACGGGGAUGACGGAUUUUGGUGA